AUGUUUGUGCAGGAUUAUGAUAUCGACGAUGAGCUCUCGGGGGAUGACCGCGGCCGAUCACCUCGGGGUGCUGGCGGCUAUGCAACCCGAGCCGCGGAAAAUGCAGAGCGGCGCAUUGCAGAUGGCCGAGAACCCAUGGACUUCGGGGGCCGGAGACGGGGCCAAAAGAUGGCGCCGUGGAUGGGCCAGGCCUUCGGGGCAGCACCUCCGCCAGAGAAGCCCCAGCUUGCCGGCUUGGAUACGCGUGGAUCCAAGGAGAAGGUGCUGGAAUUGCGAGACUACUCCUCCCGUUCAUGGCGUGCCGGGGCAGCGGCAGCCGGCGCGGAGCCACCAUCUGCCGUCAAGCGGGAUGCUGUGGAGGACAAGGAACUUGCACUGCUAACGGGGCGCAAAGGAUCUGCGAUUGGGAAUCUCCCAGCGGAGCACGCACCAAAAGAGCACGUGGGCCAGAAGGAGAAGGAGAAAGAAGGUAAAGGCAAGUCAGACAAAAAGAAAAAGGAGAAGCAUGACAAGGUGAAGAAAAGCAAGAAGCACAAGCACAAAAAGGAGAAGAAGAAGAAGGACAAAAAAGGCAAGCGAAGCAAAGACAGCUCAUCAUAG